AGCCGCCCGCGGAGCGCAGCCGCGGGCCUGAGCCCCCGCCGGCCUCCUUCUACCGCUCUCUGUGUCCGCGGCGGGCCGGAGCGAUGCGGCUGGGCCCGAGGCCCGCGGCGUUGGGGCUGCUGCUGCUGUGCGCUGCGGUAGCCAGCGCCGGGGACGCCGAGGAGCUGCACUACCCGCAGGGCGAGCACCGCAGCGACUACGACCGUGAGGCGCUGUUGGGCGGCCAGGAAGAAGUCGAUGAAUAUGUUAAACUCUCCCCCGAAGAGCAACACAAAAGACUGAAGUCAAUCAUAAAGAAAAUUGACUUGGACUCAGAUGGCUUUCUCACGGAAAGCGAACUCAGUUCGUGGAUUCAGAUGUCUUUUAAACAUUAUGCUAUGCAAGAAGCAAAACAACAGUUUGUUGAAUAUGACAAAAACAGUGAUGGUAGUGUGUCAUGGGAUGAAUACAACAUUCAGAUGUAUGAUCGUGUGAUCGACUUUGAUGAGAACACUGCGCUGGAUGAUGCAGAAGAGGAGUCUUUUAGGCAGGUGAGUACCAGUGCGCAAGUUGUUCCUUUUGAUCAUAUCAGUUCACUUUUCCUUCCUGCAUGAAUGAGCACAAGAGGGCCUGAGCUCAUAGACUGGGGUUGCCUUGUUCUCUGGGCAAUCACCUGUUCCACUUCACUGGUCAUUUUGAUGAUUUCCUUUCUAGCGGGAUUUUGACCUCUUAUUCUGCACUACCUAAAUUAUCCUUGCAUCUAUUUUUCUCAGCGGCAUCAUUUGUCCUCAUUUUGAGUUGCUUUUUAGUGUAUUUUGAAUAUAUAUCUCAAUAUUUUAUUUUUUGUUAUAAUUGAACAGUUUUAUAUCAUAGUUACUAAGAAUAUAGAGGCCGAUUCCCAUUUUUAAACAGAAGAGUUUUAUAUAAAAUAAUACAAAAUUUUUUAAAUUGUAAUAAAAUACACAUAAAAUUUAACCAUUUUUAAGUGUGCAGUUCCAUAGUGUUAAGUACCUUCAGACUGUUAAUACAACCCAUCUCCAGAACUCUUUUCACCUUGCAAAACUGAAAUUCUAAACCCAUUAAACAACUCCCCAUUC